CAGGAGGGGUUCCCCCGGCGAUGCGGGGCCCCGGCGCGGCCGCGCUGCGCUGCCUCGGCUCCCUGCUGUGCCUCUGGGCGCUGCGGCUCCCGGCCGGGGCCGCCCGCGGGCUGGACGUGGCUUCGUACCGGGAGAGGGUGCGGGCAAUGUUCUACCACGCCUACGAGCACUACCUGGAGAGCGCCUUCCCCUACGACGAGCUGCGGCCGCUGACCUGCGACGGGCAGGACACCUGGGGCAGCUUCUCCCUCACGCUCAUCGACGCCCUGGACACGCUGCUAAUACUUGGGAAUGUUUCUGAGUUCCAGAGAGUUGUCAGUGUGCUGCAGGAAGGGGUGGACUUCGAUAUUGAUGUCAAUGCAUCUGUCUUUGAGACCAACAUUCGAGUGGUGGGGGGGCUCCUCUCUGCCCACCUGCUCUCCAGGAAGGCUGGUGUGCAAGUCGAGGCGGGCUGGCCGUGCUCGGGGCCUCUCCUGAGGAUGGCAGAGGAAGCAGCUCGAAAACUGCUGCCAGCUUUCCAGACCCCAACUGGAAUGCCCUAUGGCACAGUGAACCUCCUGCAUGGAGUCAACCCUGGGGAGACCCCCGUUACCUGUACUGCUGGGAUUGGUACAUUUAUAGUGGAAUUUGCCACUUUAAGCCACCUCACUGGUGACCCAGUGUUUGAGGACGUGGCCAGGAAGGCUUUGAAGGCCCUGUGGAAAAAUCGCUCAGAUAUUGGGCUGGUGGGGAACCACAUUGAUGUGAUCACUGCCAAGUGGGUGGCCCAGGAUGCUGGCAUUGGGGCAGGAGUGGACUCCUACUUCGAGUACCUGGUGAAAGGAGCCAUUCUGCUGCAGGACAAGGAGCUGAUGUCCAUGUUUCUGGAAUAUAACAAAGCUAUCAAAAAUUACACCAAGUUUGAUGACUGGUACCUGUGGGUUCAAAUGUACAAAGGAACAGUGUCCAUGCCUGUGUUUCAGUCCCUGGAGGCCUACUGGCCAGGCCUGCAGAGCCUAAUUGGGGAUGUGGAUAACGCCAUGAGGACCUUCCUCAACUAUUACACUGUCUGGAAGCAGUUUGGGGGGCUGCCUGAGUUCUACAACAUUCCCCAGGGCUACACAGUGGACAAGAGAGAGGGAUAUCCCCUCAGGCCUGAGCUGAUUGAGAGUGCAAUGUAUCUGUACCGUGCCACGAGAGAUCCCACACUCCUGGAACUGGGAAGAGAUGCAGUGGAGUCAAUAGAGAAAAUCAGCAAGGUGGACUGUGGAUUUGCAACUAUCAAAGACUUGAGGGAUCACAGGCUGGAUAAUCGCAUGGAAUCCUUCUUUUUGGCUGAAACAAUCAAAUACUUGUACCUGCUGUUUGACCCAGACAACUUCAUCCACAGCGAUGGGUCCGACUUCGACGUGGUGGUUACGCCAUAUGGGGAGUGUGUCUUGAAUGCUGGAGGAUACAUCUUCAACACAGAGGCUCAUCCCAUCGAUCCUGCUGCCCUGCACUGCUGCAGGAAGCGCAAGGAGGAGCAGUGGGAGGUGGAAGACUUGAUGCGGGAGUUCUACUCACUGAAGAAAACCAAGAAAUUCACUUUGAGAAGACCCUCUGACCCCGGUGAAGGGGAGAGUGCAAAAGACCCUGAAGAUGCAGAGAAAGCUGGAGAGAAGAGGAGAGAGAACUCUAAGAAGAGUUCACACUCCCUCCUGAGUUGCCCCAGUCAAUCUUUUAACUCCAAGCUUGCAGUACUGGGACAGGUCUUCCUAGAUAACACCUGAUCCCUUUUGCAUCUUCAGUGUAAAUUAUUGAACUUGUUUCAGACUCUGGGAAUAUAUUUUUAUAGUUUCAUAAUGGAAACAUGUUGUACCUCACAAUGUGAAUUGUAUUAUGAAGUGAAACAGCUUCCCAUUGAAUUCUGCUACUGCUCCUUCAUAAA